AUGUCUUUUCACCUCCGACCAAAACAUUUUUUUCUCCCUCCCACUGUUGUUGUUGCUGUUAUUGUUGUUGUUAAUCUUCUUCUUCUUCUUUUUUUCUUUUCCUUCCUCCUCCUCCGCUUCUUCUUCUUUUUUCUUAUUUUCCUUCCUUCCUCCUCCUCCUUUUCUUCUUCUUCUUCUUUUUUCUUCUUUUCCUUCUUCCUCCUCCUCCUUUUCUUCUUCUUCUUCUUCUUUUUUCUUCUUUUCCUUCCUCCUCAUCCUCCUCUUCUUCUUCUUGUUUCUUAUUUUUCUUCCUCCUCCUCCUCAUCCUCUUCUUCUUCUUUUCCUUCUUUCUUUUCCUUCCUUCUUUUCAUUCCUCCUCCACGUCUUCUUCUUUUCCUUCCUUCUUUUCUUCUUCUUCUUCUUUUCCUUCCUCCUCCUCCUCCUCCUCCUCUUCUUCUUCUUUUCCUGACUUCUUCCUCCUCCUCCUCUUCUUCUUCUUCUUCUUCUUCUUCUUCUUCUUCUUCUUCUUCUUCUUCUUCUUCUAUGCUUCCAGCUCUCUCGUCUCGUUCACAACCACUCAGAUAUUUCGCAUACACUCUCUUUGUCACUUCUUUUCUCUCUCUCUCUCUCUUUUCUCUCUUUCUCUCUCUCUCUUCCUCUCUCUCUCUCUCUCUCUCUCUCUCUUUCAAUCCUUCUCACACGCACCUACCCUUCUCUUUUAUAUAUACAUACGCACACUCGCUCACUUUCACGGAAACUUUUCCUCUCCAUAUUUCUCUCUCUUUAUCUAUCUGUCUGUCUCUAUCUGACACACUUUCAUGCAAACACGUUCUCUCUUUCUUUGCAUAUUCUAUUUCAUAUAGACACACGCUUUUAAUAAUUCUCUGUCUCAUAAAAGUUCUUCUCAGUUUUAACACAAUCCCCCCCCCUCGGUUUUUCGAUCACACAUUCUCUCUUUCUUACUCUUUCUUACUCUUUCUCUUUCAUUAUCUACCCACGCAAAAGAAAUGCACACGUACCUCACUUUCUACACAAUCUCUCUCUCUCUCUCUCUCUCUCUCUCUAUCUGUCUGUCUGUCUGUCUGUCUGUCUCUCUCUCUCUCUCUCUCUCUCUUUUAA